AACCCUGCAAGACGACGACGUUUUACCAAAACCCUGAACCUCCUCUGAGUGGAAGUCUUGAUUAUGUGUAAAUGAAGAAGCGAAGCUCUUUCUCUACUCCACUCCUCGAUAAUUCAACGCCCGAAUAAAUAGCCUCCUGUUUUCUUUUGUAAUUUGCUCAUUUGAUGCCACUUGCUGAGAAGUUACUGAUACGAAGAUUAAUUCGGGAAGGGGAUUUCAAGAAAUCUAAAAGGCGAGAUAGGGGGGAAAUGCCACUGACGUCAAGAUUCGUUUUCUUAUCAAAAAGCCGUUCUGAAGCAUCUAUUCGGAAUAUUAGGGGAUUUUUGCCAUACAGAUGGCUAUCAUCAUCAGUCCUAACCAGAUCUACCCAAAACAAUGUUUCUCAUCCGUUAGCUGUGCAGGAAAAGAUGGGUAACUGUAAAUUUCACCGUUUUGAGAAAUACUACACUUCAGACACAAGGUCCUCAAGCAACAGAAAGCCUCCUUUCCCAUUACCUGACCAAGAUGUUCCUCUUAACACUUGGAAAGCGUUUUUAAUUCCUGGCACUGUUCUAGCUGGCAUUGGUGGAUUGGUUUUGUACAUGCACCAUAAUGAUGAAAGAAGAGCAAUACCAAAAGGUAAGGGAGAAAAACUCAGGAGUACAACUGACGGCCCAAUCAUUGGCGGCCCCUUCAGUUUGAUUGAUACCCAAGGUCGACUUGUAACUGAAAAGAGUCUUCUGGGAAAUUGGGUUCUUUUGUACUUUGGCUACACUUUCUCCCCCGAUAUUGGUCCAGAAGCUGUUCGAAAGUUGGCAAAUACCCACUCCAUAUUAGCAAAACAGCAAAUCCGCAUCUUACCCAUAUUUGUGACAAUUGAUCCUCAGCGGGACACCCCCAAACAUCUUCAUGCUUAUCUCGAAGAGUUUGACUCGAGCAUAGUGGGAUUAACUGGACCCAUUGCAGCCAUAAGGCCGAUGGCACAAGAGUAUAGAGUAUUCUUCAAAAAAAUUGAUGAUGAAGGACAUGACUAUCUCGUUGAGUCUUCUCACAACAUGUAUUUGGUGAACCCAAAUAUGGAAGUUGUAAGAUCCUUUGGGGUCAAUUACAGUGCAGAGGAGCUGGCAGAGGAGAUAACCAAGGAGAUUAAGAAAACUAAAGCAUCCAAAUAAAAAGUUGGUAUGUCUCGUAGCUACAUGUUUUGCGUCUGACAAUUAUUUCGUUUCUUUCUUCAAACUAGUUACACCUCAGGAAUAGUGAUUUACCUUGUCAUUCAUUUACUACAAUUGCCAAAGCUUGUAGUUUUAUAUUUUGCAAUCAAUUUGAAGCAAGCAUGAAAUGCUACUCAAAAUCAAGCUACUCAACCUGAACAGCCCACAAAUACGAAAUGAUGCUGGACUUAAUUUUAUCUUUACAUUGAUCUGACUUGAAUAUAUAUGCUGCAAUUAAAUGUGAUUUUCUCAAUGCUCCAUGUUGAUAGAUGAAAGGUGAAUUCCUCUUAUUAUUAUUAUUAUUAUGCAGGUGAUUGAGUUGUGUAUUGUAAUUAAUAGAACUUAUAAUCAGCUUGAUGUGGUUUGAAGAUUCAUACUAGUAUGUGUUUUUGUUUUUCAAAACAUGAACUAAAAUGGUUUCAUUGAUAUUCUGUCACCAUGUAUUAACUGAGUGUUGUCAAUUUGCAUACCAUAUUCAUUUAAAAGUUGUCAUAUAAAUGCUGCUAUUGGCUUUGGUUCAAAU